AUGCCCCGCCCCAAGCCCCCCAGCCCCCGCCGCAUCAGGCCCCCCCCGACACCCCCGACACCCCCGACCCCGGCCCGCCGGCCCCCGCCGCGACCUCGGCUUCCGCGGCGCCGCCCCGGGCAGGUAGCGCUGCAGGAGAUCCGCAAGUACCAGAGCAACACCAAGCUGCUGCUGCGGCCGGCGCCCUUCGCACGCCUGGUGCGGGAGAUCUGUUUGCUCUUCACCCGGGGGGUCGAUUACCACUGGCAGCGAAUGGCCCUGCUGGCACUGCAGGAGGCGGCGGAGGCGUUCACGGUGCUGCUGCUGGAGGACGCCUACCUGUGCACGCUGCACGCCCGCAGGGUCACUCUCUACCCCAAGGACCUGCAGCUCGCCAGGCGCCUGCGCGGCUCCGAGGCGGGCCUGGGAUGA